AUGAUUAUCAUCUUUACCUUUUUAGUGAGUUAUGUAAUGUGGUUGAUCUCUUGGGGGCAUUUUGGAAAGUGGGAUCCACGGAAAGAAGUUUUUGUAAUAGCCGAUGUGUUGUAUGCAAGUGCCACGGUGGUGGCCUUCUUUCACUUAACGCACAUUUUCCAGGUAAGUUAACAAAUUGAAAGAGGUUAAUUGUUACGAACAUUUUGCUGUUUUGGGUCAAGUUCUGUGCUGAAGUCAUUACUUAGCGCUUUACCCUUAUAGAAAAUGCUCCCGUAGAGCUAUGUAGAAGAUUUCAAACAAAUGUCAUCAAGGAGCACUAACCAUAAUAUUUUUUGGUGAUUUUGUCGAUAUAGCAUUAAACCUUGAAAAAAAUGGCCCAACUUUUUCAAGUUUCAAUCCAUGUCCAUCCUUGCCAUCCGUUGACACAGACGACAUGAAAUAGUUUUAGUGCCUAAAUAUAGUCUUGAAUGACAAACCUGGACCAUUACUUUUGGAAUACAAUUGGCUUUUUAAGAAGAUAGCAAGUAGCAUGACAGCCCUUUAAAUCCAAGAAAAGACGAUAAAAAGCGAUGUUAUCUGCUGACGACCCCUAGCAUGUAGCAUAUUAAGUUGAUAGCCAAUGUUUUAAGCGGUAAUGGUCUACUUAUGUAAUUACUGAUGAGAGACAAAGUUUACUCGUACUGAAGCUUUUCUCUGCCUGAUCUGUAUCAUUCCUUGUGUAAAAAAGUUAACCCGUCAAAGCUCCGAGCCCGUUCAUUGCUUGUUUUCACGCGAUGAUUUUGAUUGUUCUGUUAUUCACACAUGGCGCACCGAUAAAAGCAAAACUGUGAUUGGAGGAGUCACCAUACCGCAAACGUGGCGCGAACACCUUCCAGAAAAUGGGAGCUGAAUUCUAAUUGGCUAAUCGCGGGAAAGGAAUGUGGUUCGAUUUUCAGCAGCCGUUACAGUGGAGAGCGUUGCGCGACGACACACUAAAAACGGCUGUGUAGCAAACUAAUAAUCUCCGUGAGAAGUAAAAAAUUCUGUAUGUUUGAAAUCGACUAAAACGAAAAUAUAUUUCUAACCUUAAAUUUUCAAUAGCCUUGAUAGAUUAUUUAAUAAAAACGUUAUAAAUGACUCAAAUUAUUCUUAAGUAGCGUCAGAAUGUUGCCUAAUAUCAUAUUUUGAUGCUAGGAAAUUUUGAUGUAUUUUCGUUCUUGCGAUCUUGAAAACUAACUCGUUUUCUCACCACCUGUCUAAGUGCAACUUCAUUCAAAAUUUGGACUUUUAGCGCUUUUUUGUAUAUCUCUGAAACGAUUCGAGCCAAUUUUUUAAAAAUCUCUUCACAUAAUCUUCAUAAUGUAUAUAAUAAGGUCUGAAACUUUCAUUAAGAUUGAUUCACUGCAACACCUUGAAAUUUCAAGACAAACCUAUUCUACUUCCCGGUCAAAAUUCUGCGUUACAACAUUCACUGUUUUGACGUUAUGCUAAUUUUCCCAAAAAUAAUGCGCACUAUACAUACCUCCAUGACUAGUACAUUUUAGUUUGAAUUUAUCGCAUCUUUUGAAUGUAAAACAUUGACAAUAAUCACACUGAAGUGUCUAGAUCUGGUCUAAAUCGCGCAAAACUAGGCGUUUAUCAGUUUCAUAGUUUUUUGCUUAUUGUUGUCAUAGUAAUAUCGAUUUUACUAAAACCCACAUUUUGAUAGAUUUCAAUCUAUAGUCAAUCAUUGGUGAAAAUUUUAUAGCGAUCAGACAAGGAUAAAAUCACUUUUAAAUCGAUUGAAAAGUAUCGGUAUGGCCUCUGAAAAACUGUAUCGAAAUACCCUAAGUCAUUUAAUUUUAACGCUUUCACGAACUGAGACUUUGGCGAAUUAAGGUAUUCAAAACUUUUGCGACGACAAUGGAACAUUAAUUUUAUGUGAUAAAACUGGAGCCGCCCAUGGUCAAAAUAAUAAACGUCAUUAGCUUCAAAAAAAUCAAAAUAAUACAACGUUCUGAAUCUUAAUUUUGGACGAAACAAACGAAACUCAAUGCUGUCCUCACUCGUAUUGUGCACGAGACAUCCGAUACACGUCAUAGUCACCGUCAAAUAGCAUAUUGUGUGUGAAACUGACUGUCGUAUAGACUGACCUUGAAUUUUGAACAGCAUUAUUGUUGUAACUUUAAGCUUGCCAUGCGGUCAUGUCGUAAAUGUAUGCGCGCGCAAGUCACAUGGUAGAGACUGUAUCUGAACAUUCUCGUCUCCAGAGCCCGUCGUUUCUUGGUCACGUGGUCGGGAAACGAGGGGCUCUGGAAGCAGUCGUUACCGGAUGUCAGAAAAUUUCUGACAUCCGGUCGCGCAUGUGCAGAAGUUGCAAAUAUCACUGCUCAUGCUCAUAACGGAUUUUUGUCCCUCACCGCUCCACUGGGGGAAAAAUUUUACUUCCUGAACUCUCUCCAGAGAGCGGCUUCUAUGGGAUGUUUUGAAAAUGCACCACUUCACUCAACUUGGAUUCACUGAUAAUUUGGAGUUAAAAGAAGACAGUAACAGAAACCGGCUGAACACACUGUUGUUUUGCAGAACUGAGACAAUUAACCGGCAGACUAUCGUCUGAGUUAUAUGAGUUUUUUUUUUUCAAUACGUUUGGCGAACAAAUACUGGGAAAGUAAUAUCGCGAAGAUCGAUAUAAUGCGGGAAAAGUCAAUCUAAAAAGGUAUCUUGUUCCAUGUCCUGCAACUGCUAUCUUACUUAUGAACACUUUUUGAAACGAAACCAUUCAUGUGUUGUGUUAGGAGAGUAAAAUAUAUAUUUCAUUUCACUCGAUCGAGCUGGUUGUGUUUUUUUCUAUGUUUAUUUCCUUUUGUGGUGUCGCAUGUCGUGGUUUUAAUUUUGCCCAUGAGCUUUUGUGUACAACACGUGUUAGACAACCGAAGGAUUUACGUCGAAACAAAUCAAUAUUAAUCAUUUUACCGACCCAGGGUAAAAAACAUAUAUUACAAGGUUUGUCCAGGAGAAGUGAGAGUCUAAUACACCUCCAUGGGCUUCCAUGCAAGGCAACUUUAUACAGUACUGAGUGAAUCAAAUUCCAGUUCAGUUUUCUCUGUAUAUCAACCCUAUAUAUUAAGAGAACCUGUACUCUGCCGCACUUUAGUACCCCCCCCAAAUAGAGUUAAAUAUAAAAAUGACGUAAAAAUCAAACACAUUUAGGAAAUUCUAGUAAAGAGUAAAGUGCGGUAAAAUAAAUAAAAUUGAUUUAAGAAAGAAAAUAUAAAGAAAAUAUAAAGGAAAAUGGCUGAAGAAGACUACAAUAAAUUGAGUUUAAUUCAACUAAAGCAAUUGUUGAAAAAUAAGAGAAAGAAGAAUAAGGAAAAUUAUAAUAAAAUGAGGGAGAAGUUAGUUAAGGAUAUUUUGAGAGAAGAUAAGAUUAGCGAGAGAAUAAAUAAAAAAGUAAGAAAAAAAGUAGCAUUAAAAAGGGUAAAUAAGCCUAAAAGACAUCCAAAACCAAAGAAAAAGCUUAAUUAUGAUGAAUAUUUUGAGGAGUGUAUCAGAAAUAAAACAAUACCCAAAGAUGCCCCUCUUUAUCUGCGUAAGGCAAUUGAGAGAGCUAUAAGAGAGCGUGAUCAGGGUCUAAUUAGAGAAAAAUCUGCUUUGGAAGGUUUUGCCAACUUGUAUAAGGUUAAGGGUGAACCUGGUUUACUUCCUUUACAAUUCUUUGCAAAAAAUAAGCAAUUACUUAAGGAGUUUUUUAGUAAUCAUAGAAAUAUUAAAUUUACUAUGGUUUUAGUUUGUAUGAUGGAACAUAGGUCAGGUGGGUUUAAAAUGGAGGUUAUACAAGAAGAUAAGGCUUAUUUUCUCUCAGAAACUUAUAUUAAUCUUAAGUCAACUGAUGUAAAAAAAGUAGUAACAGACGCAAUCCGCGAUAUUAUACAAAAGUUAAACGUAUACCAAUUGAAUGGGAGCGGAUGGUAUUUUAAGGAAGUUUUAUAUUUAGAGAUCCAUACUUAUAAAUAUAACCCAAUUAAAGCAUCUUCUUAUAUUCCUCUACCCGACUGGAUAAUGAGGAAAAAAAGCUAUUGUUAGUAUUAGAAACAAAGAUAAUAAAUGUUUUAUUUGGUCUAUAUUACGUUAUCUUCAUCCAAAGAAAAGGGAUGAUUGUCGUUUAUUUGAUCUUAAGAAAUACGAGAAUGAUAUAGUUAUACCAAAGGGAUUUAGUUUUCCAGUCAAAACUACUGAUAUUACAAAAUUUGAGAAUGCUAAUCCUGUUAUCCCAGGUAUAAAUGUGUUUUCAAUUGAUGAAAAAAGAGUAAUUUACCCAUUAAGAAUGGCUAAUAGAGAUCCCUCUAAAACAAUAGAUUUAUUUCUUUAUGAAGAAAAUGGUAAGUGGCAUUAUUCUCUAAUAAAACAUUUUUCCCGUUUAAUUAGAUCACAAAAAACUUCUAAUAGUAAUGCUAAAUUUUUAGUUUGUAAGAGAUGUUUUAAUCAUUUUACAUCUGAAUCACUGAAUCAAAGUUACAAAAACAUAUAAAUUAUUGUACUAACAAUGAGGCGGCUGUUGCUAAAAUGCCAACAGAAGGUAAAGAUGAUAUAUUGAAAUAUAAAAAUACUCACAAACAAUUUUUAGUUCCUUUUGUAGCUUAUGCAGAUUUUGAGUGUUUUACUAAACCAAUGAGUAGUUGUUCCCCAAAUCCUGAAGAUUCUUAUAAUUAUAAUUAUCAAAAACAUGAACCAUCAGGAUUUUGUUUAUAUUUUAAAGGAAUAGUUGAAACUAAAUUUGAACCAAUAUUAUACACCAAAAGAUAUGAAGAAGAGAAUUUAGCUAAAAUAUUUGUAAAAAAACUAGUAAUGGCAACUCAUAAAAUUUAUAAUGAAUAUUAUCGUAGACCAAAGCCAAUCAGGUUAACAAAAGAAGAUCAUUUAAAUUUUGUUGAAGCAAAAAUUUGUCAUAUUUGUAAAGAAGAAAUAACAGAAAGAAAAGUAAGAGAUCAUUGUCAUUUUACUGGUAAAUAUCGAGGAGCAGCCCAUAGUAGGUGCAAUUUAAAGGCAAGAAAGCCUUUACUUCUUCCAGUUAUAUUUCAUAAUCUUCAGGGUUAUGAUGCUCAUCUUUUUAUAAAAGAGCUUGCUGCUUUGAGAGGUGAUUUUAGUUGUAUACCUUCAACUGAAGAGAAGUAUAAAUUUGAUGAAUAUAUUUGUCGUAAAAGUGGAAGAAUGAGGCAUUUGAAGUUUGAAAUACGUUUCAUAGAUUCAUUUAAGUUUCUUCAAACAUCACUUGCUAAUCUUGUAUCAAAUUUGCAACCACAGGAUUUUAUUAAUACCAAAGAAAUAUUCAAGGAAAAUACAGAUUUACUUACACGAAAAGGUGUCUUUCCUUAUGAUUAUGUUUCAUCAAUUCACAAAUUAGAUGAAAAACAGCUUCCAUCUAAAGAAGAAUUUUAUUCUAAAUUAAAUGAUGAGAAUAUAUCAGAUGAAGAUUACCAACACGCAUUGAAUGUAUUUCAUACAUUUAAUUGUAAGUCAAUAAGAGAUUAUCACGAUCUUUAUCUUAAGUCUGAUGUAUUACUUCUGUCAGAUGUCUUUGAAAACUUUAGAAAAACUUGUCUUAAACAUUAUAAGUUAGAUCCUGCUCAUUAUUACACAUCUCCAGGCCUUGCUUGGGAUGCUUGUCUCAAAGAAACACAACAGCAAUUAGAGUUAUUAACUGAUUACGAUAUGUUAAUGAUGGUUGAAAAAGGUAUUCGUGGUGGUAUAAGCCAUAUAUCAAAAAGAUAUGCAGAAGCAAACAAUAAAUACAUGAAGGAUUAUAAUCCAGAUAAGGAGUCAGUUUAUAUUCAAUAUUUAGAUGCGAAUAAUCUUUAUGGAUGGGCGAUGUCUCAACCACUUCCAACUCAUGGAUUUAAAUGGAUUGAAAAUCUAACAAAAGAAAAAGUAAUAGAAAUUCUUAAUAAAGAAAAUAGCGAAAACGGUUUUUUGUUUGAAGUAGAUUUACUCUAUCCUCGCGAUUUGUGGAAAUUACAUGAUGAUUAUCCUUUAGCUCCAGAGAAGAAGAAGGUAAAAAAUGUUGAAAAACUAUUUUGUGAUUUUAUACCAAAGAAAAACUAUGUAGCUCAUUAUCAAAAUCUUAAACAGUAUUUAAAAAUGGGAAUAGAAAUAACAGCCGUUCAUCGAGGCAUAUCUUUCUUUCAAUCUGCUUGGAUGGAACCUUAUAUUAGGAAGAAUACAGAAUUAAGAAAGACAGCAGCUAACUCUUUUGAGAAAGAUUUUUUCAAACUAAUGAAUAAUUCUGUAUUUGGGAAAACAAUAGAAAAUAUAAGAAAAAGACAAAAUAUAGAACUAGUUGAUAAUUGUAAGAAAGCUUUAAAACUAGUAAACCAACCUAAUUUUCAACGAGCUACAAUAUUUGAUAAGCAUUUUAUAGCAGUUCAUAAGAAAAGACCAGAAGUGAAAUUUGAUAAACCAGUUUAUGUAGGACAGGCUAUUUUAGAUUUGUCUAAAACUCUAAUGUUUGAUUUUCACUACAACUAUAUUAAGAAUAAAUACAAAAAUAAAGCAGAAUUGCUGUUUACUGAUACAGAUUCCCUGAUGUAUGAGAUAAGAACAGAUGAUUUUUACAAAGAUAUAUCACAAGAUAUAGAAUCCAAGUUUGACACAUCUGAUUACCCAAAAGAUCAUCCUUCUGGUAUAUUAACAGGAGUAAACAAAAAAGUUAUGGGAAUGUUCAAAGAUGAAGUAGCAGGAAACCAAUUAACUCAUUUUGUUGGUCUUCGUCCUAAACUUUAUUGCUUUAAGGUAGAGGGCGAUAAAAUAACCAAAAAAUGUAAGGGAAUGAAGAAGAAUGUUGUUAAAAAAGGUAUACAAUUCGAAGAUUAUGUCAAGUGCUUAUUUUCAGGUGAAAAACAGAUGAGAAAGAUGAAUAUUAUAAGGAGUGAAAACCAUGAUAUUUAUUCUAAAGAAGUUAAUAAAAUAGCACUUAGUAAUGACGACGAUAAGCGCAAAAUAUUAGGGGAUCAAGUACAUACUAAAGCUUUAAGGCCUCCUAGUAAAUUAGUAUAAUGAUAAAAAUAAAAUAAUGAAUUACUCUCAAGAAGAGAUCCAAAAAUAUUUAGAAAUAUUAGAGAGUAAUAUUAAAAAUAAACCUGAACCCGAAAUACCCUCCAUUAACAACAUUAUUGAUAGCAGGGGGGUUUUGGGGGGGCAAAGCCCCCCAUAUGUUGUGGCAAUCCUCAUUUUACUAUUUGGAGUGGUUAUCGUUUUUGUGAAAAUUGUUGUACAACUUCUGGUCAUGUUUUAGGUUAUUUUGAUACUAAAGAAUAUGAUAGAUUUCAUUUUCAGAAGAAGAGUGUAUAUCAACCUAAAUAUUAUUAUGAAAAGAAAGUAAACCAGAUCUCAAAUAAAAUUAAUCUUUCCGAUGAGGAAAAGUCUUUAGUUUAUGAUAAAUUGAUUAAAAUUGAUGAAAAAAUAAAGGAACAGCUAAACAAUCAGUUUGGUCGUAAGAGGUUAAUUAAUAUUUUGUAUUUAAUAAAGAAAAUUUUAGAGGAAAUGGGAUCUGAUAAGAGUGAAGAAAUUAUUUUAAAAAUAGGUAAGAAAACUUUAGAGAAUUAUGAUGAUUGGUGGGAAAACUAUGUAAAUAUGAGAAACUAAUUCUAUAUUAAUUUUAAUAUAGAAUUAAACCCUUGCAGCAGGGGGGUUUUGGGGGGACAAGGUCCCCCCAUUAUGCGACACCGUUUUUAAAUGACCAGAAUAUUAUUCCAAGUAAAUAACCAAGUACUUCUGAUUCCUUAAAUGGAGAAUUCAUAACGUAAACACUUCCUCUACCUAAUCUAUAUUUUUUAUAGAAAGAUUUGAAUGCUAAAUUGAAUAUCAAGUGAUUAGCUAUCACAGGCGAAUUUGCCAUUAGAGAGUAUCUAUCUCCAGAUAGAUUGUAUAUAAUUUGGCUUAGAUCAAGUUUGUUACUAAAAUUCUCAGCGUACAAAUACUGGUAAACAAGGCAAGCUUUAAUAAAAUUAUCGGGGUAAAAUUGUGUUUUAUAAGCUGGAAAAUGAGUGUUAACAUAAUCAACAAUUUCUUGUAUCAUUUUAUAUUAUCUUUAGAUUAUUUGCAGCUUCUUUUACAAAUUUUUUAUUAUACCUACUAGAGAAUCUAUCAGCGAUUGGUGAUUGAUCAAUUAUCAUUUCAUCUAUCAGCUUCAUUCUAUCUACGAAUUCGUCUUUGUUAAACUCAUCUCCUCUUAGAGCUGCUCUCAAUUCAACAAGUGUUUUUUCAUAUGUUGUAUAAGCUAUCCUUGAUAACUCUAUUUUUUUCUUGUAAUUUGUAUUCUUCCCCACACCAGCCAUUAUAACUCCAGCUCCAUUUACUACCCCUAGAAUAACUGGGUUCAAAGUUAUACCUCCUGUAAUAGUACCUAUAGCAACUAAGCAUAUGCCAGAAAUUGUAAAUACAUCGUCAAGAAAUUUGUAACUCUUAUAACAUUUCUUAAAACACCAAAAUUUCUUGUGGUAGUGCCUAUAAAAAUCUUUUAUAGUUUCUAUUUCUGUUUGAGAAAGAGAUUUAUCUAUGUGAUUAAAUUCAAAGAUAUCUUUUACUUUAUCCUUCAUUUUAUUAAAUUAUUAUAUUAGUGGCGGCGUAGCCAAGGGAAAGGGGUGUUAGGGGAAAACCGUAGGUUUUCCCCUUAUACUACAUAAGAACCGUUUAACUUUUCUUGAAUCAUUACUUUAUGAUAUUGCUCAGAGUCAAAGUCGUAAAAGUUUGGAGAGUACAUUAAUUUAUUUAACACUCCAUCUUCAGUUGUAAACUUCCAACGUUGAUUAACAUUAUAAAAAACAGCUGGUAUAGUUAAUGUUCCGCUAUAGUUACUUAUUUUAACUUUUGUAACAUUUGAAUUAAAAUUUUCUGUUAGCCAUAAUACAAUUAUUUUUCCACUAAAUUCACUUAGCAUGGUAAAAUUUUGAGUUGCUCUAUUGAUAGUUAAAGUUACUUUAUUGUUUGUUUUAUCAUAGUUUAAUUUUACUAAAAUAUUAUUAUUUGUUGAUAAAUAUUUAGUUAGGGUAAAACUCCUAUUUCUCCAAUGAGUAAAAACAAUACAUAAAGUAGAUUUCGAAGAAUGUGUAGGAGAAAAAGUAACAUCGUAACCAUUAACAUGUAAUCCAUCUUUUUCUAUUUCAUCUAGGUCUUUAUUAGGUGGUUGUGUAAUAUUAGGCUUUACAGAAUUAAUAAUAACUCCAGAUGAACCUAUAUUUAUUCCAUAACUAUCCGCAUGAGUAAAGUCAUAGACCUCACUAAAGUAUAAUCUAUACAAAGCAUUUUUAGUAAAAGGAGCUACUUCUUUUACUAAAGCGACUGUCGCGGCACUAUUAUCAUUUUGUCGGUCAAGUUUGAUAUUUGUAAUUUCUUUUUGAUUUGCAUUUAUAUCAACAUUGUACACCACUUCUGUUGGUUUGAUAUCAUAUGCGGUGUGAAAGUCAUAAACUUUAUCUGGAUCGAUAUUGCUAAUUGUUCCUACAAUUCCGUAAGCAAUUAUGUAAACUCCUGUAAACUGAUUAGGAUAAAAAGCCAGAUCAAUUCCAUCUUGUGGAAUAUUAACCAAAAUGUGAAGAAAGAACUUAUUACCAGUUGACAACUUCCGGAAAUUAACUAUUAUUCUGUGAUAAUACAUAAAUUUUGGAGACCCAUUUGAUUGUAUAUACCUAUGGUAGAGUUUCCUUAUACUAACAUUUCCAAUUGAUAAUCCUGUUGAACUUCCUUUGUCUACGCUAAUUUGGGACUUAUGCCAUAGAGCGUAUUCAGAGUUAAGUAUUUCCAAACAAAGUGUGUAAUCAGUAUUUUUAGUUAACCUGUAAAAGUUGAUUCCCAUUUUAUACUUGUAACCACCUUGAGAAUAUUUGUUUAUCCCCAUUUUAAUAACUUUAUGGUUAUAAUCGUGAAAAUUUCCAUUUUUUGGUCCUAAAUCUCCUAUACUUUUUAUAACAAAACUAGUUCUGGUAUCUAUUUCAUCAGUCCAUUGAGAUGCGCUUGUCAUUAGAUAAGCAAACUGGUUGUUGUAAUGACUUGGUUGAACUGUGGCAUGUUGAACUAGAUUAUCAACAUAACUUUUUGUUGUGGCUUCAUUACCUUGAGUAGGAGUUCCUAAGUUUUCUAUUUUAUUUCCUCCCAUAUUUAGAUCAUCUUUUAAUGUGCCACUAAUUACAAUAUUUGGUGUGUUAAUUUCUAUUCUACCAAGUGGUUUAGUAAUUGCUUUUGGUAGAUCAAAAAAUACUCUGCAAGUUAUAGCAGAGUGAUUGUUGUUAUUAUGAGUUCGUAGUUUUACUCCUGACAUAUUGUAGUUCCAGGACUUGUGGAUAUUCAAUGACCAUGUGCCAGUUCGAUUUCCACUAACCCAAAAGACAGAAUUGGAAUGGAAACUGCCUCUUGGGAUAAAAAACAAAAAGUCAACGUUUAUAUUUCUCGAUCCAAAUUGAAAUUCUAUUUUGUUAAUGUAUGUGUUAGCAGUUGGAGCAAAUGAAGCAAGUGCUUGACCAGGUGCUGAUGUAGUUAAAACAAAAUCAGCAGGGGGGCUUUGGGGGGGGGCACUCCCCCCACUGAUAUAUUGUAGAUACAUUGUUGUAGGUCUAGCUGGUGGAGUUAUAUUGAAAACACCAAUUUGGGCUUCUCCAGAAUGAUGAUCAAGCCUUUCUAUUUGUUUACGUACCCAUCCUCGAUUAGCAGCUUGUUUAUCUGUGGUGGGGUCACUGAGAUUAUCUAUUUCAUGGCUGUUAAGAUUUAAGUUACCUGUCAUUGCAACAGUGCCAUCUUUUUCCAAAUAAUCACUUAGAUCUGGGGCCCCAGUAUUAUCAUCAACAUACUUUUUGGUUGCAGCAUCUGUGUCUGAUGUUGGUGGUCUUAAAUUAAUUAUGCGUUUGUUGUCCAUGUUUAGAUUAUUAGUCAUUGUAGAUGAACCAUCACGGGCAACAUACUUUAAAUCAGUAAAAGCUAAUGGUGUUGGUUGUUUGGGCCCCGUUGGAGUAGGUAAAUUGAAUAUUCUAUUGUUGGCCAUGUCUAGACUUCCUUUCAUUGCAUCAGUCCCAUCUUUUUUAAGAUAAUUAGCUAGUUCUUGUUUUGUUGCUGCAGAGCUCAUUGUAUUUGUUACUUUUGUAUCAACAUAGGAUUUAUUUGCUGCGUCAUCAUUAUCUGUUGGUGCGCCAACUUUAACCAUUUUAUUAUUAUCCAUAUUAAGAUUACUUUUCAUUGGGUAGGAACCAUCUCUAUCAAGAAAUGUAUUGUCUACAUACUCUUUAGUAGGUGGUUCUUUUCCAUCCAGUGGUGUGCUAAGAUUUGUAAUUCGGUAUUAUUUCUUCAUAUCAAUGUUUGAAUCAACUGUCAAUCCUGAUGUUUUGGGAGAACCACUGGAAUUAUCAUCAACAUACUUUUUAGUAGCAGCAUCAGUAUUAUUACUAGGUGCUCCUACAUUUGUGAGUUUCUUUUUAUUCAUAUCAUAAUUACCAUCUGCGUUUAGACUAAAUCCAACUCCUGGAGCGCCAGGAAUACCUUUAGCAAAAGGAUGAUCAAAAGAUUGUUCGUUAAAUAUUCCCAUUUUAUUUAUUGUUUACAUAAAAAGCAGAGCUCACAAUCCCCCUAGCAGGGGGGUUUUGGGGGGGUGCAACCCCCCCAUCCGUAGGUUCCCCUUAUAUGUUCUCAUUAAAGUUUAUUGCUAAACGUUUUUUUGGUUUAUCAACGUAUAGAAAUGAAUAUUGUUUUUUAGUUGCUGCCCUAUAUGAUUCUUUAUUAACUCCCAACUCAGAUGAUAUUCUGUUUGCUUCCCUCGAUGAUGGAAAUUCAUACAGACAAUAGUGAGAACAAUUCAACCGGAUAUCCUUUGGAGUUUUAUAAAAUGAUUGACUGAGGUAGAUUACAGAGCAAUUCUUAUGUCGUCCUUGAAUGAAAUAAUCUAUUAACUGUCUCUGGUUUUUAUCACAGACGUAAUCAUCAAAUAUUACAAGUUUUUGAUUGUCUUCGUAAUCCAUUUCUGUAACCGGGAUUAUUUCAUUGUUACUAACAUUAAGUAUUUCAUAUCCUAGUUUAGAAGAUAACUCUCUCAUUUUCUGAAUUAGCUUUUGAUACUUAUCCUGUUCUAGAUUUCGAGCGUAAAGAUAAAUCUCAUCGUAAUACAACAACGGUUUGAUUAACAUAUGAUACAGCAGAUUAGUCUUACCUCUUCCACUAUUUCCGCAUAUCAACAUACGAAAUGUGUCUGAUGGCAUGUAAGGAUACAGCUGUUUAUAUUUUUUAUCAAUGUCAUCGGUACUAUCAUAGUUUGGUAUUUCCAUUUUAUAUAUUGAUUAAAUAAUUUUUGUAGCAGGGGGGGUUUGGGGGGAUGCAAUCCCCCCACAAGGGAGGGGUGUUAGGGGAACCGUAGGUUCCCCUUAUAUUUUUAUUUAAUCAAUAGAUAAAAUGGAUAUAGAAGAAGCCAAAAAAUUUGCGAGAGAUAAGAUUGCAGCAGAUGAUAUGUUACUGCAAGUAAGAAAUGUUAUAAAAGAAACAAAAUGGCAAAAACAAGAUAUGAGAGAGGGAUUUAAAGAAACAUUUAAACCACUUAUUAAAUCUCAAGAUAGCAUUAAAAAAAGUAUCGAUGAGCAACAAAACGCAACUAUAGAACAACUUAAAAAAAAUCAACUUGCUCUUACACAAGGUCUUAAUCAAAACAGACUUGCUAUAACUGAAGGAUUUGAUAAACUUGACGAAGUAAAAAAAUGGGAUUUGGCUCAAUUACCUGGUUUUGAGGCGAUUGAAGAGUCUAAAGAAGAUGAUGGUGUUUUACCCUCUACAUCAGAGGAAGGACCAAAAAUAGCAAAAUUUACACCUGAAGACCUCGAUAGAAAUUUAAUGAAUAAAGAAGCACAAGAUAUACUAAAAUCGAAUGGUUAUGAUAAUCUUCCUUCUGAGUAUUUUGAAGAGGAUGUUUCUACUAUUGAUAAAUUAAUCGAGGAUGUUAAUGAAGAUUUAGGAGAGACUAGUAAAGCAAUAAAAAAUACCGCAGUUUUUGAACAUGAUUCAAACGGUUAUUUUAUAGCUAAACCAGUAAAUAAAAAUCCACGUGAAAACACAAAAAAUUUUAUAAAAAAAUAUAACACAUUAAGCAUAUAUGCAACAAAUUUAAGUAAUCUUAAGUAUUACAAAACAAAAUCUGGCUCUGGAAUGAUUUACUUUAACAACCCACAUCAACUUCUAGACAGACUUGAACUACUCGGUGGAUCAAUUCUAGCUGGUAAUAACGGUGUGAUAAAUGAGUUUUCUCAAAUAGCUCAUCUUCUAAACCAAAUGAAAGUGAUCUCAAAAAAACAACUUAACGAUUUACUAAAAAAAUACCUAGUAUAAGGGAAAGGGGGUUAUGGGGGAAAACCGUAGGUUUUCACCCAUUAUGUAAACAGAAGAUAAAAUGGAAGAACGAGCUAUUCAUAUUUCUUCAAUAAAUAGGGAAAAAAGAGGAACAAGCAGACCUGGUGAUUUUACUAUUAAGUUUAACCCAUCUCUGAAACUUGAUCCUGAUAAGAAACAUCAACUUGCUCUUGAUCGAUUGUCAAUGACUUACUCAUGGUACAACAUUAGAAGUGAUUAUGGAAACAAUAAGAUUAAAUACACUCAUGAUGGAUCCGCCUGGCAAACAAUUACUUUUGUAGAUGGAAUGUAUUCCUACUCAGAUAUCAAUGAUUACAUUCAUCAGUACAUGGACCAAAAGUCUCACCACGCAACAGAUUCUAAAGGAGUAAAAAAGUAUUCAAUCAAUCUAACUUUUAUACUAUCCACCUAUCGAGUGUUAGUAUCACUCGAUGGUGAUUAUCAACUUGAUCUUAGAGGAACAGAAUUUGGAGACCUGAUUGGAUUUGAAAAGAAAGUUAUUACAAAAACAGAGUAUGGAUCAAAACUACCAAAUAUAACAAAUUCGAUUGAUGUGUUAAAUAUCAACACAACGGCGAUAACUGAUAGUAUUGUAAAUGGAAUAAAUACUAAUACCGUUGCUGUGAUACCAACUGAUAACCUCACAAGGUCUUAUCCAUUUACUUUCGAACCUAAAAGACCAUUGUAUUGCCCUGUCUCUUCAUUUCACAUUGAUGAAAUGAGAAUCUAUGUGACAGACUCACUUGGAAGACCAGUAAAUUUCAACGGUAUAGAUUGGUUUAUGACUUUGAUACUCCACUCUAUGUAAUGGGUGGGGGAACCUACGGUUCCCCCAAAACCCCCUCCCUUGGCUACGCCGCGUUAAUAUAUAACUAUUAUAAUAAAAUGACGCGACAAUCAGAGUAUAAAAAAAGAUUUGACCCUGAAUUGGGCAGAUUUACAAAACAACACGUUUAUGGAGAAGGAAUAACAGAUGUUUUAAAAUCGUUUGGUUCAAAAUUAUUUGGAAAUACAGUAAAAUCUGCUGCUAAAAAAGGAGCUAAAAAAGCAGUGACAGCAGCUGCAACAAAAACCGGUGAAUAUGCUGGUAAAAAGGCUGGUGAUAAGAUAGUGCAAAUGUUAUCAAAAGGGAGGGUUGCGAGCCCUGCGGGCAGCCCCCGAAACCCCCCUGCUAAAAAAGUUACUUUUAAACCAGUUCCAAAAAAUACUCAACAAGAUAUAAAUCGAAGAGUGAAUGCCAUUUUGAGCGGGGGUAAAAUUAUAUAAUUAUUAAAAUAAAAUGAAGUCCUUUAGAAAUCCAGAAUUUUUAGAAAGAUAUGAAGAUGUUGUUUUUGACCUUGAACAGGCUUUAGCCACACCUGGAAAUAAUGCUCAUCAAACUAAAACAGAACAUAGAUUUGUUGCUGAUAACACAGGUGAAGCAACUCCAUUUGAUUGGUAUAACGCGCGAUUUUCAGUAGAUUUCAAAGUUAAUCAGCUAGCUGCUGGAGCUAAUAUAGAUGCUGAUGGUGACCAGAUGGGAAUAGUAAAUGGUAGUAAUUCUCUUGUAGAAAAAUUAACCAUCCUAGCAAAUGGACGAGAUGUUUACAGUUGCAACUAUGCUAAUCAUAUUGUAAAUAUCAAAAAUUUGCUUGAGUAUAAUUCUUCCUAUGUUGAGAGUGUAGCUACAAAUGAAUUUUACUAUCUUGAUACAACAAGACACGCUGAAAGACAAAAGUUUACCAGCGGAAAUGUAAGAAAUGCCGCAGGUGAUGGACAAACAGCAGCACUUUUAACCUCUGUAGCUAAUUAUAACAAAGGUUUUGCUGUGAGAAAAGCAUUACUAGGCGACUCAGCAACAGUGCGAUGUGAUAUUCCCCUCAACAGAUAUUCUUUCUUUGAGGCAUUGGAGGAUAAACUUCUUCCAAAUACAAAAAUUGAAAUAAAAAUUGAACUAGAAUCGGAUGACAAUCUCAUCUGGCGAGCUGGCGGAAAUGAUUGUAGAGUUAUACUAACAAGAUUACAACUAUUUGUCCCAAGAAUAACAUUUAGCAAAAAAGGACAAGACAUAUACUUGAAAAAUUAUCUCAAGCCAUACAAAUGGAAGUAUCUUAAUGAAGUAGUAGAGCGAUCAAAUAACUCUCAACAGCAAACAGGACAAUUCAGAAUUACAAAUGCUAUCUCAAAACCUCGCCAUGUCUUUGUUUUUGCAAUUAACACAGCUAAUAUUGAAUCACAAACAGCAAAUCCAUUUUUAUAUAACACUUUUAAUUUACCAAACAAUGCUAAUAUAUCUCGAUGUUAUCUCGAGGUAGGAAAUGGAAAUGAAUACCCUGAUAUUCACUUUAAACCAGCUACAGAUCCAGCUAGAGUGUUUCGAGAAGUAAUGUCAUACGUAUAUGCAAAUAAUGACUUUCAAGGCGGAACACUUCUCACUAGAACAAAUUUUGAAAAUUUAUUUCCUUUUGUUUAUUUUGAUCUUACAAAACAAAAAAUAGAUAUCAAAGAUGGAGUUACAAAACUCGCAUUUCACUAUGAGUUAUCUGCUAAUCCAAACGCUGAUUAUAAUAUUUACGCUCUGGUGCUUCAUGAGCGAGAGGCAGAAAUAGAACAACAAGGAGGAAAACUAUUGCUUAGAGCUUAAACUAAAUCAAAAGUUCAACUACAUAAGCGAAUUGAUAAAAAGUCAUGUGGUAAAACAACAAAUACUUCAAGAGUUAAACUUGAUUGAUCCAUUUCUUGUGACGAUCCUUCCUUCAAAGUAGGAGCAGCGCCGUAUCGCAUAUUUAAUCGAACUUUCACGAGAAUCAUAAAUUUUAAUAAGAAAAAACAAUAGGUUUAUCACGUGUAAAACAAAAGAACACAUUCCGGAUUACCCUAACAACGAACAAAGCCUAAUAAAGUUUUCAAGUUUACUUUUCAAACAUUAAGUUGCUAGGGUAAUCCGGAAUGUGUUCUUUUGUUUUACGCCUGGGGGGAUUGCAUCCCCCCAAAACCCCCCUGCUUCUAAUGACAAAGCAAUUUUUACAAUUAGAUUUUGAAGAUAAAAUCUAAUUAUAUCAAACGGGGAAACCCCCUCCCUUCGUACCGCCGCGUGAGGUUACACGUGGGGGAAAACAGCCCCCAUAACCCCCUUUCCUUGUCUACACCACGUAAAAUAAGAAUUUACAUAGAAAAAGGGAAGGGGUUUUGGGGAAACCGUAGGUUUCCCCAUAAUUUAAUAUAAACAUUAAAAUAAAAUGUCUAAUUAUAUGGAAUACGGAGUAAAGCUUACAGAUGGCCAAAAGACAAAACUGGCUUCCGCAAUAAUAAAUCAGUCACCUUUGACUCUUCGGUUAAAACAUUCGCAUCUUAGAGGACAUGAUGAGUUAAUGUUGACAAAAAGACAGAUUGCCAAAAUAAAUAAAUCUAUUGCAAAUGGCACACGAUCAGAUAUAAAGAUAAGUAAAACUCAAAUUAGAAAAUCUGUAAAACAUGGAGGAAACUUAUUUACAUCACUUGCUUCUAUUGGAGCAAAAGUUCUUCCUUACGCUAUAAAAGGAUUAAGUAAAGCUGUUCCCGCAUUAGCUACAGGAGCUGCCACUGCACUUGGUGAACUUGGUAUAAAUAAAAUAUUUGGAAAAGGACAAAGAGGAGGAGCAAUGGAUUUAGCCAGCCUAUAUGAAAUAGCGAGAAAAGGAAUACCAAUUCCAGCAGCUGCAUUAACUUUGCUUCCAAGUAUAAGUAAUGCUUUUAACAAAUCACAGUUGAACCAAAUUAGCAGAGCUAUGCAAACGGGUAGAGGAUUUACUAUAAAACCAACUAGAAAACAAAUAGAAGGAGGAUUUUUAGGUACUCUUGCUUCUAUUGGGAUACCAAUAGCAGUUAGUUUAGUAUCUAAGAUGCUUGGUGGGGGGCUUCAGGUUGAUAGACGAGGGUCAUCUAAUACAGCAAAUGUUUACGUGCCACACACACAUGGAGAAGGUUAUCCGUAUCAACCUCCUCCCUUUAUUGGCACAUGGGGAAACCCCAUAGGAAUGGGGGCUCCGAGUAAAAAAAAAAAGACCAAGACCAAAGGAAAAGGGCUACUACUAGGAAAAAACAGCCCAUUCAACUCAAUUCCAAUAAUAGGCUCCAUUUUAUAAUAGGGGGAGUGCCUCCCCCCAAAACCCCCCUGCCCUUUGUGAUUAAACCUCUAUCAAACUUUGACCUUAUGGAAUGGAUAAAAAGACUUGGUAUUAAACAUUUCAGAGGAAUAUAUAGUCGUGAUGGUUUACCAAAAAAGAUUAGAAAAGAAUGUGGUAUAAUUAAUCUGGAUGAUAUAACAGGGCCAGGAACACACUGGGUUUGUUACCGUAAUAUAGAUGGUUCAUAUGAGUACUUUGAUCCAUUUGGGUUGAUAAUGCCAAAUGAAGUAUUAAAGUAUUUUAAAACAGGUCCUGUAAAACGUAUAGUUUACUCUAUGGACGAAAUACAAAAUAGAAGUACUGUUUUAUGUGGAUAUUGGUGUUUGUAUUAUUUAUUAGAGAGACAAAAGGGUAAUAGUAUUUUAGAUAUAAUACAUAACCCUCAUUUUGACAACGACAACAGUGACUUUAUCAAGUCAUACUUUAUGGGGGGAUUGCGAGCCCCCAAAACACCCCUGCUGCAGGUAAUAUAAAAAUAAUAUUUUAAUAAAUAUUAUUUUUUUAAUCCUACUUUCCUUGCUCUUCAUUCUCCUCUUCAAUUGGAGCAUUCUUCUGUGAUUUAAGACUAUCAACUUUUUUAUUUAAAAUUUUAAAUAUAAUUUCCAUCCAAAAUUUAGCCUCUUUUCUACUUACUUCUGCAUAUAAAGGUUCAUUUUUUUUAAUAUCAUCAAAAAUACUAUUAAUUUCAUUUCGAAUUUCAUUCUCGUAAUCAACUAUUAACUGUUUAUCAAUAUCUUUAACAAACCUGUCUUCCAUUUUUUAAAUAACUAAAACCUUUAACCCAUUUUAAAACACUAUUCAUCUUCCUCGUCUUCGUCUUCCUCUUCAUCUUUCUCUUCAAUAGGAGCGUCAUCCGGUGCAUUCUUUAGCUGUUUAAGUCCAUCAACUUUUCUAUUCAAAAAUUUAACACUUUCAACCACAUCAUCAAAUUCCGCGUAAAUGUCUAUAAGGCGCCUAAGUUUUUUAUUUUUAUCUAAAUUUAACUUCAACCAAGAGUAUUCCCCAUUUUUAAUUUUUUCCCACAUCUCUCUCUCACCAGCCAUAAGAAUUCUAGAAAGAUCGUCAUUUUUUGCUCUUAGAAUCUCAAACUCAUGAUUUAUUUUUGUCCUUAAUUCUUUCUCAAAAUCCUUGAGAGUUUUAACAUUCAUUUUUUUCUUUAUCUCGGUAAAGAAUUUAGCUUCCAUUUCUAUUAUAUAAUUAUACAAACAUAUAAUUUCCUUUUACUAAAUUUUUAAGCGUAUUUGAUUUUUCACUUAUUUCCAUAUUAAGGGAAAACCUACGGUUUUCCCCUAACACCCCUUUCCCUUAAAGAAACAAAUAAUUGUUUCUUAUUAAAUUUUUAAGUGUUUUUGAUUUUUCACUUAAAUCCAUAACAACUUCAAAUACUUUUACAAACUUCUCCCCAUUUGAGAGAUUUGAUAAAUCAACGUAUUCAAAACUAGUAUUUAAAUCAUCAUAAAUUUUCUUCAAUUCUGUUUUAACAAAAUUUGAUCUUGUACUCAUUUAAUAUAUACUAUAGAUAAAAUGAAAGAGUCUUAUUGCAUUGUAGAUAAAAGAGUAACUCCUUGUAUAGAACCAAGUGGUUACCAAAAAGAUAAACGAGGAAGAACUCAAUUCUUCUGUAGAUGUGCUGUAUGUGGAAAUAAAAAAGUUAGAUAUGUAAAGACGGGAAAAUCACAGCUUCCCCCAAACUGGUAAGCCCGUCAGAGAUGGCGGGCGGUAAUUUAUUAGAAGGAUUAAAUCUUGUUAAAAAAGGAAUAAAUGUUGGCCAAACAAUAUCAGAGACUUUAUUUCCCCAAACAAAGCCAAUGUUUAAAGAUUAUUGGUCUGGUGAUAUAGCAAAAGGUGUUGUCAAUAAUGAAGACGGAAUAUUUACGAGUAAUUUCUGGACAGGUGAUACUACAGUAUUUAGAAGUGGAGGUAAAAAGUUUUAUUUCAAAGAAGGAAAUCCCAUAAUGAUAGUCAAAAAAGACGGAAAACAAAUUGGUUAUGCUCAUGUUAGAGACUUUUUUAAAGGUGGGUUAGGUACUAACAAAAUAUACAAAUCUAUAGCGGAUAUCAAAAAAGUAUAUGGCAAUGAUCUAAUGGGUAGGGGAGUUUUUGAUACUGUUGUUGGUACGGCAGUUGAUGGAUUUGUUCAUCACGGUUUACCUUGGAUGGGUAAAAAAGCAUUUGAAAUGGGAAGGUAUUAUGGGUCGGAAGCACUUAGAAACCCUAAAUUACAAAAAAAGGCAAUAAAUUACGCUUUGGACAAAUUAAACCCAAUGAUACAAAACGUGGGUUCUCAAGCUUUAGACCAAUUAUCAACCAAAAUAAGACCAAAGAAAAAAUACAAAACAAACAGAAAAGAUCUCGAUGGUGGGGGUAUAGAUAUCCAUAAACAGAUUGGUAAAUUGCCAAAACCAAAAAAAGGAUGGACUCUGCCAGGACAUAAAUAUACCGGUCCUUAUAAUGAUCUAGAAAACCAAGUAAGAUACGACCCAGUAACUGGAGAAAUAUUAGAAAUUUAUGAUCAACCAACCGGAGCGACUGAUGCUGUGGCUAUGCAACAUGACGUAGAUUAUAGUGUUUGUGGUGAUGAUAGAAAGUGUAAAAAUAAAGCUGAUAGAAAGAUGGUAAAAUCUUUAGAUGCUAUUCCUUGGAAAGAAAGACAAUGGGGGCAUACUUUAGCUAGAACAAUAAUAAAUACCAAACAAAAACUUGGAAUGGGGGCAAAAAACGUAAAACGGCGUUGAGUGGUGAUUGGUCUCAACAAUUAGCCGACGAACUUCACAAACCAAUCACAAGAAACUUUCAAAAGAGGCGAGUAAUCUCAAAUGGAAUUGAUGAUAUCUGGGCUGCUGAUUUAGUUGAAAUGCAAAAGUUUAGUAAGUGGAACAAAGGGAUAAGGUAUCUUUUGGUGGUUAUUGAUGUGUUUAGCAAGUAUGGAUGGAUUAGAGUUUUAAAAGACAAAAAAACUGAAAGUGUAAGUAAAGCAUUUGAUGACAUAUUAAAAAGUAAACGUAAACCUGAAAUGUUAUGGACUGAUAAAGGUUCUGAGUUUAUCAGUAAACAUUUCAAGGAUUUUCUGAAAAGAAAUGGAAUAAGUUUAUAUCACACUCAAAACGAGGAGAAAUCUAGUAUUGUUGAGAGAUGGAAUAGAACAAUGAAAGAAAGGAUGUGGAAAAUGUUUAGUAUUAAUAACAACACUGUUUACUGGGAUAAGUUAGAUAAACUAGUUGAUAAUUACAAUAAUUCGAGACAUUCUAGUAUAAAAAUGACUCCUGUUGAAGCAAGUAAAAAGAAAAAUGAAAUGAAAGUUUGGUCUAAUUUAUACGGUGAUUUAAUCUACUUGAAACCUGGUAAACCAAAGUUUACAAUUGGAGAUAAAGUUAGAAUUUCUAAAUAUAAGAGAAAGGUAUUUGAUAAAGGCUACACUCCAAACUGGACUGAGGAGAUAUUUGUUAUUGAUAAAGUUAAUGUAACAAAACCUAUUACUUAUAACAUAGUUGAUCUUAUGGACGAAGAAAUUAAGGGUUCUUUUUACGAGCAAGAAUUACAAAAAGCAAAACAAGAGACAUUUAGAAUAGAAAAAAUUUUAAAGAGCGAUAAUAAUAAAAAAAUAGCAUUAAUAAAAUGGAAAGGUUAUCCAGAUAAAUUUAACUCAUGGAUAAGUUUUAGGGAUUUGGAAAUUUUUUAAUAUGGCGGGAUUGCAUCCCCCCAAAACCCCCCUGCUUUUUUAAUACAAAUAAUAUGUAUUAAAAAAUGAAUAACAAAUUCUAUAAAUAUUAUCAUGACGUAGCUUCUACUAAUGCUUCUUCUAAAUUCUUUAAAUCACUUUCUUCAUCUGAUGAGAUUUCAUGUUCGCUUUCUUCUUCAUCAUCUUCAAACUUAAGUAAAGAUUCUCUUGGUUUCAAUGGUUUUACGUAACACUCAUGAACUUUAAUUUGAAGAGAAGUUACUGAUUUACUCAUAAAAAUUCCUUCUACAAUUAGAGCUAACUUUACUGUGAAAUACUGAUCUAUGUACUUAAAUGGGUUAAGAUCUUUGCCUCCAUUUCCUUUGAAUAAAGAUAAAAUCUUCUUUGAUCUAUCAGAAUAUAUUAGUUUUGCAUAUAAUAUUGGGGCAGCUGAUUCUACUUUCCUUGUUUUUUUCUUUCCUUUCUUAUCAACAUAUUCCUCCUGUUUGUAAUAAAGGGGAUUUGAUAAAUGAGAAGCAGCAUCAGCACCAUAUUCAGAUUCCAAAUGCUGUUGAGCUAGAGAAGUUAUUCCAAUUAUAGAAUCAUGAAAUUCUUUUUCUUUUUUGUCUGGUUCUUCAUCUUUAGCCCAUAAACAUACUGGAAUUGAGUAGCCUAUUAACUUUUUUGUUUCCUGAUUUCUUCUUUCAGUUACACCAAAAGAAAAUAAAAAUGGAGUUUCUAUAACUUAAGCGGGCCUUUUUUGUUAUUUGGGUAAAUUACUUCAAUUGGGAUUCUUUUGUAUUUAAGAUUGCUAUCCUUUACUUUAGAAACUUUAGCUUCCUUGAAUUUAAUGUUUUCGUUUGUUAGAUUUUCGAAACUUGUAAGCUGCAUUGCUAAUUUAAAAAAUCAUUUUUUUAAAUCAUUUUUACUUCUUUUAUAAAUCACCAAAGAAGAUUAUAGCUCCAAUAAUUAGAAGAAGUAGGAAUUUUAUAAGUAAGCUCCCCCUGCCUAUUUUUAAUUUUAGAAGCCCUAGACAAAUAUCUAUCUCUCCUUUCUUCAUCUUUAUGAAAAAGGUAAUCAGGAUACUUAGGAGAACCAAAAUGCACUUUUUUCCCCUCUGGUAAAGUAACCAUAUAUUUAUUAUUCUUUCUUUUAGAGUAAUCAAGAGAUUCAGCACCAAGUUUUUGAGCUUUCUUAGUUAACUUUUUAAAAUCUUUUCCUGUUACUACAAAUUUCUCAUUAUUUGGUACAUAAUCAGGAUCUUCAUAAUGAUUAUAACCAUCAUCAACUAUAAAAUCUCUAUCUUCAGAACUAGGAGUAGAUUCUCUUGAACGUCUUGAUGAAGAUCUACUUGAACAACAUGAACUUCUUGAACUAGAAGAACUGGGACUAGAUACUGGACUAUUUUCACACGAUCUUGGAUCACUCAUUUUAUUUAAUGAUUGGAUAAUCUUAUAACAAAAAUGUUAUAGGAUUAAUCAUCAAAAAAAUCUACAUCUAUUUUUGAAUGGAAAUAAGCAGAAAAAUGUAACUCAGUUACAAAACAAUCACGAUCUUCUGUUAGACUCAACGCUGUAAUAUUUUUAAACAACUCGUACAAAUUUUGAGUCGCGUAAAGAUAUUUAGCUUCUUUUACUUUUACUUUAUCAAAUCUACUGAAGAAUUCUUUCAUAUCAAGGGAACCAGCUUUUAUCGCAUCAACUAACUGGUAAGCAUUUGUAUCAAUGUUUUUAAGAUCUUCAUAAGCAUUUAUACUUUCAAAUAUCAAACCACUUUUUUCAUAAGGUUUACUAGUUUGACUUCUCGUUUUGACACCCAUUCUAUAAAAAUGUUUUUUUUGCUUUAACCCAUUUUAUUUUUUCUGCCUCACUUUAUUCUUCUACUGUAUUUACUAUAUUCUUUGACUUUAAUCCUAUUAAAAAAAUCAAUAGCAACAACAUUAAAAUCUAAUAACAAUAAUUCCAUACGUGGAAACAAAGCACCAAGAUACUCUCUACCAUCAGGGACAUACUCUUUUACUUUUAUUUCUCUUUUUAAUUUAUCAGAAACUUUUUCACUAACAUUACCCUCUUCUAUUGAUUUAAGUAUCUUAUGUAUAUUAUCAUCAACAUAUUUAAAACAUUUGUAGUCUUCUUUACAAGCAAAUACUAAAUUACCUACUCUAUAUCUUUGUUCUUUACUUUUCUUUUCUUCAGCCAUUUUCCUUUAUAUUUUCUUUAUAUUUUCUUUCUUAAAUCAAUUUUAUUUAUUUUACCGCACUUUACUCUUUACUAGAAUUUCCUAAAUGUGUUUGAUUUUUACGUCAUUUUUAUAUUUAACUCUAUUUGGGGGUACUAAAGUGCGGCAGAGUACAGGUUCUCUUAAUAUAUAACCCUAACUGAAACUUGAACCCCAGUUUCCUAACCCUAAUCAUAAAACUUCUGGGUCAUUUGGUGUUUCUGGGGGCCAUUCAGUGUUCUGCUAAAAGGGUUUAUCCUCCUAAAGAUUUCAGGUAUCAUCUCCUAACUAAAAAUCAUCAUCAGUACCUCAAAGAGGGAGUUUUCAAUAAUUUUGCUGUAAGACUCAGAAAAUCAUUAAUACCUGAAAAAUGUUGAUUGUGUAGUGACCAUCACCAUAAUGUUCAGUACACAUGCAUGACCAAACCUCAAAACCACAAAGUAAUUACCAUUGCUGUUUGAGGUUUUGUGUUCUCACCCAAUAUUAGCUUUUUCUUUGCAACACUGUAGCAUCCUUAAUAUUUGUGGUAUUCAUGGUUUUGUAACUUUCACAGUAUAGGUGAGCUCUUGUCACCUCUGUUGUAGGGUUAUAAACAGUUAUAUGCACUUUUGAUUACCGGUUACUAAUAAAAAGUGUUCCCAGGACACUAGUUUAGUAGGAAAUGAUGGUAAUUAUGCAAAUGCAUCCAGAGGGAAACCUGUAAGUACCACUUAUGAGCUCAUGGGUUACACAUCUUUGGAAGGGGUUUUAAGGGUAUUUGUUUUCUUAGGGGAGGGCUUAUAGCCAGGGGGACAUUUUCUAUUGUUUACUGGUAAAUGGGCCUAUAACUGGGGGAUUUAUAUGUGGGGGUAGGAGGCUUAAAAGAAGUAGUUUAUGGUAACCUGUUCCAGACAUUCAGGCAUUGGGGAAUGCACAAAGAGAAAAAAACCCUGCAUUUUUUAUUGCUCUACUUUUCACCAUCUGAAUGCCUAGAACAGUUUAUCAUAAGCUCUAUAGCUCAUCCUUUCUUAUCUGGAACAGUGAAAUGUAGACUGAUACACACACUGUAUAUAGACUGUAUGGUUUAAGAGAUCCCCCCUAAGAAGUACACUUUGAGUAACACACAACCGGAAAGCAUUUUCUUAGGUAGCUUCUCUCAUCAUGUUUUGAGAGUGGAAUGCAAGACCUGGUUUGAAAUUGGAGAUAGAAUUUUGGAUCAGGCCCCAAAUAGGAUAGUGAAAAUCACAUAGGUUAGUCAAAAUUUGGCAAGGCAAGAAACAUACUGCAGGGCCAACCUGAACUGAUUUUUGGGGGGUAGUGCCCCACCCCCAAUCCGCCCCUUUGCAGUUGUAUUGAAACUGAAUGUGGUGCUUUAUAGGGUUAAAAUACAAUAUCUGCUCACAGCUUUUGAUAAUGUAUAAUUGUUUAGUUCCAAUAAAAUUCAUUAUUUUGUGUUAUAACACGAGGGUUUCCAACUAAGAAAAAUUUUUACCAGAAAUGAAUAAAUGACGAGUGGAAGCAAGUUUUAAUUUGGCCCAUCAUUAUUUGACAAUAACCAAGUAAACUAAGAUGCCCUGUGCCUCAGUAAGCCAAUGCUGUGUGCAAAGCUCAAGGAGGGGUGGAGAGCAGGUGCGGUUAGGAUAAGCGAGUAAACUAUUGAUAUUACUAUUGCUCAAGCUAUUAUGUUACCCACCCUAUUAAGAGCAAAUGUUACCAUCGGUCAAACAUUUCGUGGCAACAGCUCAAAAUUCAAUUUGGCCCAUAUUCUCAGGUUAGGUAAACCUUAAUGUAAAACAAAUCGCUGCAGCAUAGUUCGUUUGGCUAAAUAUCGAUUAGUUUUCGAAUAAUCGUUCUUUUACAUAUCCAAAGGAUUUUUUGGGGAAAUGAUUUAGCGCGAAGAAAUUCAAUUUUAAAGUUGGAUACAAUGCCCUGUUUCAACCGACUUUCCAAUUUAUGUAAAAAACACACAGAAAUACAAGUUUUCCAAAGACAACAUUCAAUCAAAAGCGGGAUUGACGUAAAAAUUUAACUAACAUGUUUUAAAAUCAAAGACAUAGAUUGUAUUUCUGCUGUCCCUUCGUUUGAUACAAAAUUCAAUCCAACUACAAGAUAAUUUGUCAAGAUAACGCAGCUGUCAUGUUUGUUUACACUCCAGCGUGAAGACCAGACGCGAGAUGUUUUGUUGGGAAGUUUUCCCGACCAAUUAUCCCUGAAUUUAAGAUCAGAGAUCAGAUUUAAAAAGCUUUUUCCGUUUGCCUUUCCUCCAAAAUCAGUUUCGAACUAAUAAGCAAACCAAAGGCAAACAAUGUCUCAAACUGAUACAUUGAAAACAUGUCUUAAAUAUAAUCUGUGACAAUUUUGCACAAGAAUCAAAUCUUUUGAUCAUGAAAUUAAAAGGUCUUUUGACCUUCUUUACCAGCAUAUGAAGACUUCCACAUUUUCAUAGUAAAAUAACAACUUACAUUUUCCUUGCGAACAUAGCCAAAACGGAGCUCGGCGUUCUCAGCAAGUUAGAUUCGCAGAACAUGUAUUUUUGCAACUCGUUGGGGUUGCGUGACCAAUUUUUAUUUCCGGAAUUGAGAGCGGAAGUUCAUGUGCACGGACUUUUUGUGAGUGGAAAAUCAUACUGCUAAACAUUUCAGACUAACGAGGCUUUUUAGUUACAAUAUUAAUUUUUACAUUUUAUACCCUCAGCUAUAUUCUACGGCGAUAAACCACACAAACCAACUUCAAGAAGAUCUAGCCUCUGAAUAAAUUUCAAAACUGUCAAAGAUGAAAGACAACGAGUUUUUACACGUCUACUAAAAGCCUUACCCCAAAUCGAACUAGAAAAUGCAAGUGAUUAAAUGCAGGUGCCAUAACGAAUUCAUGGCCUUGUACAAGAAAGACGUUGCCACAUCUCAAGUUCGGAGAAACUAACUCUUGGAUUUGACCAUCACCUAGUUUUUUUUUUAAUAUUUCAGCUCGGUAAUGGUCUCCGGCUAUUAAAAGGGCGUGUGUUAAACGGGAUCACCCGGACACGACCGGUCACUGAUAAUGAAUUCCUCGGUAAACUAAUUUUAACAAAGACUAUGCAAAUUUAACCAAAAACUAUUGUUAAAGACAUCCACGAGGAAUGAUACAUGGUAAAAAUAAGUAAACUUUAAAGAAAAUUGAAAAAAAGAAAUCCAAAUUACUUGGCCACAUGAUCGACUACGCCCCCCCAACCUCCAGUGUUCGAAAAAUCGUAACUAACGAUUCCCACCACUUUCUAAACGUGUAUCAAACGUAUAUCAAAGCAUUGACCCUACAAAGUCUAUGCGAAAUCAGCUCGGAAUGGUUCCCGAAUCAUUACAAUUUGCAGGUGAAACUGGUGUUCAUUGACUAGUGCAAGUCCUCCUCUAACUGAAAGUUUUCGUCAGGACGAGACGGAUAUGACUUCUUUCCAUUCCUCUAACUGUUUUUACAAGAAGAGUAUUAUUGGACAUUGUAGACCUACAAAAGGAGAACGGUUUGCUCUCUGUCCAGUGGGCGGUUCAACUCGAAGGAUUCCUCGAUAAAAUAGGGCGUGGUCGAUCACGUGAUGCAGUUAAAAAUAAUUUUAAAAAUGAAAUUGGAAGACUCCUUAUGAUUGGCCUUAAAUUGUUAGUCACGAGGUAGCUUGAAAAAACUUUACAUUACACCAUCUCCCCUUAAAUCUACUUGAAGGUGUACAAGAUUCUCUGUUUGUGGGUGUGGCUGUGAUUCCUUUUCUCUCCACAGACUUAACUAAUUUAUAACAACUUGUUCCUUUUCGUAUAACACUUUUCCUUUUGUUGGCUUUUCCCUGUCUUCUAUCGUAAAAGCUACGAGGAUAAUUUGACGAGACACUUUACAACCCCCGUCAGUCGUCACUCUUAAAAGAGUGUCUCUAAAAAGUUCUAUAGACGACGCACAUAGCGUAGAGCCGUCAAUUUCAGUUUACCCUAAAUAAGACAUUCUCGACAUCACUGACUAUUUCGUAGGUUAAUCUCUACAUAUUCUGGUCAGCCUUACUAGUUUUACAGCCACACCUGGCCACAACGCCUUCAAUAAUUUCCAUAUACGGCUGCUUGCACUUGCCAGUCAUCGAUGCUACAUCCAGAACUAAGGCAGCGCAGAUGUUCUGCAGUGUUCGUAUCGAAAACUUCGCCAGCUUAGACUGACCUACAAUCUCACAGAUGUUGUAUGUUUCGUACAUGAUGGGGUGCUGAAGAGCUAAUGCUUUCGUUACUUCGUUGGACAUUUCUUCGAUUGCCUUCUCUGUUAUCAGCACAUUCCUUUCAGGUUCUUACUCCUCACUGGAUGGAUUGUUCCACACUAUACGUUUUCUUUGCUGACAAGCGAGAAAAAAAUCCUGCUUUUUGUAGUGGUGUGAGAUCGCACUUGUCGAAGAUAUUAGAGCCAUCACUAUGCUUUACUCUUCGCAUUGCCUUUGAGACGCUCGUUGGAUCUGCUUUUUGACCAGUGGGUUCUUCAGCUUGAAAGACUUCAAUCAGAUAGUUUUUCUGCGCCACCGUGAGAUUCUUUCUUUAUACUCCUGCUGACUUAAAAGCCCAUCCCAUCGGUAGCACGGAGCCAUCACCCUCCACUGACAUAGAUGCAACACGCUUUAGUUCAAUUGCAUGCUCGCGGGCAACAUGGUAGACUGAACGUAAUGUAAACGCGCAAUGAUAGCAUCCUGCGUUAUCGUUCCUUAUAUAAACAGAGUUGACUUUUGGCAUGAUUUCCUUAAGCUGACGAAAGACGUCAUCAAUAAUGGCGGGUAACACGCGAGUAACACGCGUCGCAACUCGCUGUGUUUACAAACGUUUCACUAAAGCUGUUACAAAGUGAAGAUUUCUACUUUUAGACUGCAAAUAAAUUCUCUCAGUUCGCUCAAAACAAACAAAAACUGACACCUGUUUUUAAAUUAGUACCGACAUUCUUAAUUAAAUUUGUUUGAAAAAAAUAAAACAAAGUGAUAGCGACGACGUUUUUAUCCGAUUUCACGAGGUUUCGCCGCAAAAUUUUUUUCGUUUCGUCAGGUAAUGAUUUUUCUAUAGCCAUCAUAUUUGUCACUCUUUUGCCUUUAAUCGUUUUUUAAACAGGUUUCUGUUUUUCUUUCCUUCUUUUUUUACUCUGAUAUUUAAUAAAAAGAAUCGCUAAGAUCCACUAGACUCUUGUUCCAUGUUCCAAUCCCGCUUUUCUCUAGUUGUAGAUUUCACUUGAAUGAAGCCGUAUUUCACAACACCCACGUGAUAACAUAUGUUUUUGACUUGAGGUCGCUUGGUUCCGCUUUGGUUUGCUGCUCUGUUCAAAACUAAUGUUUCGGCAAAGAAGACUUACGAAAGGCACUCUAAGACCAUUUUUGAGGAAAAUGGAGGCAGUGAAUACGCACAACAAAAACCUACGUCCAAAGCAUGGAACACAAACAAUGCCACCCUGCCGCUAUCACGUCGUGGGAGAUGAUUUUGAACGACUAGUUCACGAACCAAACGACACCGGCCUGCAGAAAUACAGUUUUCUUCAUCAUUGAUUUGAAGACAAGAAGGUUAGAUUCUAUACCUUACAACAGACCUCGACUUAAUGUAUUCUGCUUAACUAUUUAGGUGCUUCUGUCAAGUGUAAUGUACGUUGCAGUGUCAUGUCACGCGUGGGACGAGUUGAAACACCGAAAUUUAUCCAAAUUUAGAAAUCGAUUUCUUCGCUCUGAAUCAUUUCCCCCAAAACUCCUUUGGGAGUCUUAAAGAACAACUCCUUGACUUUUAAACACUAGGUUUUCAACGAAUUAUACGCAGUACCACAAGCUUAAAUAAAAGGCUAAUUUUAGAUAAGUUUUCUUCUCGAUAAAAAUAGGUCGGGCAAAUGAAAUUAGAUUUUAAAAGUAAAUAGCCAAGAAUUGAUAAAAAUGGCUUUAACGGUAUUUUUUGACAUCGGUCAACAAUAUGUGGUAGAUUUUAUUGCUCCAGAGUGUUUUACUUUGUAACGCGAGGCGUCGUAAAUCGCCCUAAAUUUUACACUGAAAAGGCGGCGUUUUCACAAUUCAGUGAUUAUCGAUUUUCUCGAAAACUAAUCGAUAUUUAGUGAAAAGAACUAUGCAGUGUUUUAUCUUAUGUUAAGGUCUACCUAACAUGAUAUUAUGGGCCAAAUUGAUUUUUGAGCUGUUGCCACGAAAUUUUGAAAAUGUUUGAUUUUUGGUAACAUUUGCUCUUAAAGGUGACAUACUGCAAAAACCAGUUGUUAUCCUCAACAACCACUUGCCCCAGUAUGGCGCAAAGUAGACUCCCUCCCUCCCAUUUAUUAUUUUAUUUAUCAACACCUCAGUUGUCCACAACAUUGUCAAUAAAUCUAGACCAGUUUUGUUUUUCAAACAGUUAAGUUUUCUCUUAAACCAAAAUGUUGAGAGCCUUGUGCUGCCUUAUGUAGUGAUCAGAUAAAUAACAUAAUUAUUUAUCAAAAAAAUUGUGCAAAUCAUAGCUGCUUCUUUGCUGUUCAUCAGAAAUAAUCAAUCCCAGAGCCCCUUGUUCAUCUCUCCCUGAAUGCUACAUGACUGGAAGCCAAGCAAGGACAGUUAGUAUGAGAAUAUUUUCUUGCAAAACAUUUGUAACAAGUCGGCCACAGAGCCUUUCCUUUUACAGCCCAAUUCUUACUGUUAAAAUAAAAAUUAAAAGAAGGCCUCCGAAUUAUCUAAACAUGAUUUAAGCAUUAAUUUAGUGGAAGAAAACGUAGAUUGGAAAGAGUACUUGCUCUAUCAUCUUUACACAAUUAAAAAAUUGCCUUUUGCAUGCAGCCCAAAAUGAUUCAUAAGCAAUUCAGUUCUGGCUUUGUGCACUACCAUCAGUGGUCUAAUGAAAUAAAGGCAUAUAACAAAAUAUUAUCUUGACCUUAGUAUAGCAAAGGAGAUGUUCUUUCAGCAGAAAAUACAAUAAGUUAAAAGCACCCUGCAAUAAACUUAACGUACAAAUCAUUUCUGUAAUGUAGUCGGAGCUUGAUUUCCUUUCCCACUGUAGCACCGACGAAUAUAGUCCAGAGGAAUUAGAAAAACUGAUUAGGCUAAUUAAUAACGCCAUACAAGUACAGUAUCAAUCGCUUCAUUUUUACCGAGCAAGGAGCAACAGUAAGAGCUAACUAACCAUUACUCCUCCUUUCAGUUUCCCAGGAGAUGUGACGGUCGAGACAGGGGCAAAGUUUAGCGCACAACGAAGGCAAUACUUUCUUUGCCAAGGCUCGUUAUCUUCGUAGAAACUUCUCAAACUUUACCUGCAAUUCUCUUCUUCACUGCUAUUGCAUAUAAACAAAACAGGAUUGUCGCAAUCAACAAAACUCAGACACGGAUCUUACGUUUGUAGGUCGAGGGGGCACGAAGUAAAAUGUUAUGCGCAGUAGAUUAUAUUUUUAAUUUGCUUUGCGCAUUCAAUUGCCUUCAGCCAAUGAAAAAAUUCGUAUUUUCUGCUGCGUCCAGAGCCACUGAUCGGUUACAGAUUAAGCCGAGUGGCUCUGGGGACGAGAAUGGUAUCUGAACCCCAUCUUGAAUUAUAGGUUUUUUUAUUAUUGAAGUUUUGUUUCUUGUUUGUUCGCUUGCCUUAGUUUCUUUUCUCAACUGACACUAGCAGACUGUGACAAGGCCCACACGACAGCACUCACCAAAUUGGCAGAAUUUCAUAUUGUACCCACUUUUAUACCACUACAUGGGAAAUUUCUGCAAUCCGAUUGGCUUAGAGCAGCAGUAUUUCAGCUUAAUUUGAAAUACCUACAUGUAAAAAUUAGAACCCUUUUGCGGGUAGUAGUAUAAACAAAUAAUAGCAUGAUUUGUGCGUGAUAUUUGCCAUAAAUACCACUCGUGAUAUUUCAAAAUUGUCCCAAAUUUCACUCGCCUAACGGCUCGUGAAAUUACGUAUAACAAUUUCGAAAUAUCACUAGUGGUAUUUAUGCCAAAUAGCACUACAAAUCAUGCUAUUACCUAUACUAAUUUAGCGACGAUUUAAAUUUAGUGACACUUAAUUUUGGUGUCGCCAAAAUUACAUGUAAUAAGGUAGGUUGCUGUUAAAACAAAUUAUUCAAAAUUCAGAUUGUGUGCCUUUUCAAGCGCCAGUUGUUCUACGCAAUUUCAUGUAAAUAACAAAAAGGCUUCGUAAUUAUUUGAGGAUGUAUAUUUCAUGAAGCAAAUGCUUUGAAUGCACGAAAUAAAGCUCUCUAUUGAACUGAAAAUCUUUAGAAAUGUAAGUAUUCAAAAGAAUAAUUACCAAGUAGAAAUAAAAUCUCGGAAGGAUUGAGAAUGUUGAUGACAAAGCACUUAAAUUAACUAUAAUUGCUGGCUUUCACAUGACGUCACCAAAAUUCAAACUAAGGAAUUCUCAAAUCUUUCUGAGUUCAUACUUUAUAUUUAUUAAGAACAGCUCAAAACCAAUCUUUAUACAAAUUUUCACUAGAAAGAGGCUCUUCGUUCUGUGAUUGAGUACGCAUGGAUUUCCAAUCUUUUACGUGACGAGGCAUUUACAAUGGGGACGAGAGAGUCGUCAGAACAGUUUCUUGUAAAAGAAAAAGUAUUACUUUCAUGUCUAUGGGCAUCAGUUUGGAAACAUUAGCAUAACGUCAAAACAGUAACGCGGAUUUAAUUGUCCGAUUCGUAGGCAAGGUUCGUCUUGAAAUUUCAAGGUGUUACAGUAAAUCAAUCUUAAUGAAAGUGUCAGGCUUAAGCAGUAGAAAACGUUUUCAGUGUUUGCAUAGCCUGAUAUAAACGCGAGAGGGGUUGGGAUAAUUCGAGACAGUGUUAUGAGAAUUCUCUUAACCGCUCGAGUGUUCAGGCUGGGCAAACACAGGAAAAAAAGUUUUCUAUUGCUUUUAUAAAAUAACUUUCCCGAGAAAAACGCAAAACUCUCUGUUAUGGCCCUGAUUAAAAGAGAAAUUCUUACCAGUCACAAAAUCGUGUACACGAAGUCUGCCUCGCAUAAUCAGUUCUUGUUUUGCAAAAGGAUGCUUUCCAAAAUACGGAUUUUUCUCACUUAAAAUGUCAGCUUAAGCGAAAAAAAAAAAUUGACACAGCUUGUUUGUAAAGAUUUUCCAAGUUUCAGCCCACGAAGGAAUGGGUAAAUAAAGUAAACUUGUCGAUGUUUGAACUCAAAAACUUUUUCAAAUUCGUGCUUGCGUGAUUAGCACACGACAGGCAAAACAUCUUGACGUCACAACCAUGUUCACAUACUCUCAUGCAAACACUCCUCUCGGCCAAUCAGAGCGCGAGAAAUAUCUUAGUUAUUUUAUAAAUAAUUAUAUGCAUCAUGAAUAAGGUUGUGUGAUGAGGUUUAAAAAGAAUUCUGUCGAGCCGUUCUAGAGACACUCAUAAAAGCGCUAAAAAUCAAAAUUUAGAGUAAAGUUGCUCCUAGACAGGUGGUGUGAAAACAGGUUAGUUUUCAGGAUUACAAGAAAAAAAAUACACCAAACUUUCCUUGCAUCGAAGUAUGAGGUUAAGCUGCCUUUUGACGCUACUUAGGUAGGUUUAAUGUGAGUUAUUUAAAACCCUUUUAUUAAACAUUUUAUCACGACUAUUGAAGAUAUAAGUUUUUAAAUACAUUUACGUUUUGUUUGAAUUCAAACAUACAGAAUUUUUUACUUCUUACGGAAUUUAUUUGCUUAACACCACACUUUCGCGCAAAAUUCGGAUAUAAUUCGAUUUCAAAGUUUUUUGUUUAUUUUGUCAUAGUGAUGUCGAUUUUACUAAAAACUGCAUUUUAACAAACUUCUAUUCAAAGUCAAUCACUGGUGAAGAUUUUGUAACGAUCUGACAAGGACAAAAUUUACUUUUAAAACGAUUGAAAAACAUCGGUAUGGUCCCCGAAAAUCUGUAUCGAAACACCUUAAUGAACGUUACCAAAUUGUAUAAUUAAUUAUAAGCAUAAUCUUAAUUGCAUAAGCAUAAUUUUUUGUAUGUUAAGUAACCUGUUAGUGUUAACACGGGAGCGCCGCUUUUAGCCUUGGCAAAAUUUAUAUCUUAUACUCAUGAUUGUGUCUGGUCCCAAAUUUUCUAGAUAGACUCUGUUUUGGGUCCUCUGCAGUUGUCCCUCUACAAGAUGCUCAAAGAUGUGGGUCGAUUUCUGUUUAUUUACCUCUUGCUUUAUCUAUCGUUCGCGACCGGCGUUGUGAAGGUGUAUUCCUUCUAUGUCACCUAACAGAUAGAGUUACAGAAGCAGAACAUGACAAGCGACCCACAAGAUUCCCAUCCAUAUGACAAGUAUGUACACAUUUAAACCUUGUGUAUGUCGACCGCCUAUUACAGUCAAACCAGGUCAAGCGUUCCCGUCGCUAACGAACUAAUGAAUUCAUUCACGGAAAAAUGAUUUCGUUUGUUGAUUCAAUAAUCCAUUCACAAAAUGAACAAUCCAAUAUUCAUAUUUAGCGUCGAUUCCAUAAUCGAAUGUUGAUUCGAUUACUGUUUUUUGAAAAACUACACUUUCCACAAGUUGACCUCAGAAUUUUGUUUUUUCUCUUUUUUUUCUGAGAGUCGAGUGCUGGCGAGUUCUGAAGUUCAAACCCAAACAAACUGUUACAUGUACGCCAGUUUGCUGCCAGUAAUCAGUGCAACAGACCUAGGCCUGACCUCUUAGAAAACACAACGGUCAAACUAAGGUCAGUGUAUGUGCGGUGAUUGGUGGAUUUCGAUCCUCGGCCUUUGUCAGUUUCUCAUAGUUUCUUUGCGUUUGCGGUCUGUCUAUUCUAGCUGUUAUUUUGAUUAAAGGCAAUGAAAAACGCAAUCGUAAACGGCAGGAAAAAGGAAGCAAAUACGAUUGAACACAACAGACAAGAAUAAAGAACAGGUAGAUUUUGUUCAUAAACCAAAUCAACAUUUGAUUAUUGAAUCGAGGUCCAAUUUGACUGUUGGAUUAUUCAUUUUAUGAAUGGAUUAUUGAAUCAACAAACGAAAUCAUUUUUCCAUUAAUGAAUUCAUUAGUUUGUUAGCGACGGGAACGCUUGACCUGGUUUGACUGUAAGCGAGCUUUUUAAAAGGCGUGACGUUGUUGUUACAAUUAAGUAUAGGUAUUUAAGGAAACCGGAGAGUCUCAAAGACAGUCAAAUUCAUUAAUACGUACACUGUUCUUUCUCAAAUCAUAAAUGUGUCAGUUUUUCCAAAGGUAUAUUAUAGUCGUCUAGUGAUAGCAUGUCAAUUUUCACAGUGCUACGGUAGACGCGACUUAAUAAGCGACUUUUUGAGUGUUUUCACUGCCAUAUAGUCCACAGAAUAACGGCUUUAUGUAAGCGUAGGAUGUCGGGAUUGACGGUGCGAUAAUAUCCACGGUGUUUCAUUUCUUUAUACACUUGAACCUCUAUGUAGCGGACCCCCAAUUAAGCGGACACCCUCUAUUAAGCGGACACUAAGCCGGGUCCCGAAAUUAACGUCUUAUAUUUCCCUUUAUAAACGAACCCCUAUUUAGUGGACACUUCUAUUAAGCGGACGCGAACACUAAAAUAAAUUGUAUUUGGCAAAUUUCUAUUGUUGAAAACCUCUAUUAAACGGACACCGGACUGAAUUGACAUUGGAUUACGUCCUUGAAAUACCUACUGUAGUCAACUAAUAAAGAAAAAUCACUACAUUUAGCUGUCAAUAAACUGAAGAGUAGCCCGUUAUCCGAGCGUAUGAUUGUCAUCCACGAUCAAAUUUCACUUAAAAGUCUUGCACAAAGUCCAGCGCCUCCUUAACAACAUGGAACUUUAUCACAGUACAAAGUAACCGUUAUAUGUUAAUCGUUAACAAACAUUGCGCAAUUUUUGCAAACCUCUAUUAAACGGACACCCACUAUUAAGCGGACACUUGGGCAGGUCCCGUAGGGGUUCGCUUAAUAGAGGUUUCACUGUAUUCUGUUUCAACAUACGUGUAUGUUUAAUUAUGAUAAAUAACAGGCCAGGACCCGUUUGGUAAGAACACGUCUCAUUAAUAGCGGAGCUCCCGCGCGCGCGAAGCGGAGCACCAUGGGUAAGAAAAUUUGGUAAACCAUCCAUCCCAGAAAAUUUGGUUAUGACGUAGCGUACGCCCGUCCGUACACACACUUCAUGUAAGCCGAUGUCAAAUGUCACAAUAGAUCUUGCACAACUUGACUAGCCUCUUAGUUAUGUAAGCCAUCCGUAUGAGUACGAUUAGAUUGACAGCUGUCAAAAUCAGACAUCCGCUGACAAUUAUCACAUGACCGUCUCGCGGGCUCAGAUAAAAGACCAGUCGUUUUAUGCGGCUUAAGUUAAAACACGAGCAAUGAUCUAACCUACAAAAGGAAACAGGUUUAAAAAGCCUUUAGACAUUUUUUGACCCGCAAAUUCAAGAAAAGGUUCCGAAGAUUAUUUAGUUAUGAUUUUGGCUGUAAACAGAAAGCUCUGAGCGAUUUUCUUGCCUCGAGUUCAUCUUGAAAAAGAGCGAACACCGGGAAGCCGGCUUAAAACAUAAAUAAGCUUAUGCUUGCCUGACUCAUGAUUUUCUGAGACACUUUCCUCUCAAUACUUCUCUUCGUGAAUGAAAAUUAUUGUCUCUGUACAUGUUUCACCGAAUUAAACUUAUUUUAUUGAUUGUUAGUAGUCCCUCUCGCAAUUUUCAUCGCUGCACCGGUUGUUUCCAGUCGAACAUAAACAUCGCAUGUAGGAAUGCUAAAAACUCCGCGCGUAAAUAUCACUCGCUUUUCAAGAUUACACAACAAAAUUAUACACAGUUUAAUGAAUAUCGAAAGGGAAAUAAAACCUAAACAUAACAAUUUCUCUAUCAUGUUGAAGCGUAAAUGGUAACUCUAUUAAUCGCACUGCAAAUUUGGUGCCUGUCAAAAGUGAGAACCCGUCCGGCUGGCCGAAAAGUGAUUUUGGGAAUUUUUUUAUCGUUUUCAUUAAAAGCCCAUAAUUAUUACCCCGCAUAUCACAUAGGACCAGAUUUUUCUAACAGAAAACGUUUUAUAAUUCAAUGCUAUAAUUUGUUGUGCAAAGGAAGCGCUUGCUUUGAUCGUCGUGGAUAUUGAAUGAGUGCAAAUUCUCUUGCAAAAUUGUGAAAAACUGCAGAAUUAUAAGUUUAAAUAGGGCAAAAAAGAACAAAUUCUGUCCGAGGUCUGUUUACUGUUUACCUGAGAAGUGGUGAGAAAAAGUAUGUUUAAAAGGCUGGUUUACACGCCACCAGAUUCGUCGCCAAGAUUUACUAGUAAACUAAACUUGUCGAACACAAAAAAUCCGGCCUGAUUUUUAUUUUGGCCUUUCUUUUAGACAGAGGAAUGCAACGUGUAAAUUGGCUGCCACCAAGGACUAUCGUGGCGCAUGUGUUUCUUAAAAUUAUAUUUCGGGGUUGUCUAAUUAUCCAUAGUCUCUCUAACGGAGCAAUGUUGGAGAGACUGGUGAAUGCCAUAUUAUGAUGAUACAGCUAAUGCAAAUACAAUACACGAAUAGGUCUAUUUGUUUUCCAGGCCUAAUCUACUGUGAUCGAACAUAAUUGCUAUUUUUCGGUGUACAAAUAACUUGAUGUAAAAUUUGCUUCACUCUUGGACGGUCGAAUUCUGAUUUUUCUCUAAAAUCACUCAGCCUUUGCCUCAAAAGUCAAAUGAAUGUGCCCUGAUCUGUGGAUUACAAGUUUAUUGUUUGAUUUAAAUUAUGAAUUUAUUAACGGGAGCUUCGCUUUUAGCCCUGGCUAAAUCUAUAUAUUACGGAUACCCUCCCAUUAGUGCAUGCCCGUAUCAACGGGAUUUGACGUUUCCAUUUUUCUUUUCAUUCCCAGCCAUCCCAAUUCCCUAUUGGCCAUGUUUUGGUUGUUGCUGGGUCUUGUUGAAGAAGGUGAUAUCGCUGUCAAGGAUCCCAGCUUUCGUCUUACGUCUGCCUUUGGUCGUCUGUUUUUGAUGGUGUAUGUGAUCUGUACUGUGAUUGUAGCCUUGAACAUGCUGAUUGCCAUGAUGAACAACUCAUUCGAGAAGAUCAUGGUGAGAGAGUAGUUGUUUUGUUCAACCCAAACGCUAAAAGAUAAUUCUGUUUAGACAUGUCAUAACCCUAUGCAAAAAUAAUGGGCCAUUUGCACGAUGACGUCUCUUUAGCUUGUAUGCGUGUUUUGUUUUCCCAAUACAGGUCAUUUGAUAAUACGCAAAAGAAGCUGCUUCUUUCAAAUUUCCUCUUAUUCAUGUGUAUGUGUGCGCAUAAUUUAGGAAGAGACAAAGUUCAGUCCCAUUGAGGUUUAAAUAACAAAAGCCUUAAUUUGCACAAGAAAGCAAUACCCUGAAGGAUUCUGGUAGAAGUAGUAGAAUGGCGCCGUCGUGAAAAUGGAUUAUUAAAGAGCACAGCAGAAACCCGCAUAUGAUUUAAUGGAAAGCUUCAAUCCCACAUACCUGGGAAACCCGGGGUACUCCUGGGAAUUCUUGGUGGGGGUGUGCCGCCCAGCUUUCCCAAUCCUUGCCCUAUUUCAGAUCAAAAAAUGUCAUUUUCACACCCGUUUUGAGACCUGGUGUGUAAGAAAUUAUGUCAUCACUAAUUAGAUUAGAAUGCCAAAUAAAAAAUUUCUUAAACCACUUACAAUUCUUAUAUUACUUUUUCUUUCUUAUGCACUUGUAUUUGAAACGACAAAUAUGUUCAUACACUGCCGUAGUUCCCUCACUGAAAAGCUAUACCCGAUUCCAGACCAAAAUGGGCAAAAUGUAUACCCCUUUUUAGACCGAAAUGGCGCAAUACCCAUACUGUUUGGGGAGGCACAUACUUAUAUGGCUUAUGUAAGAGAGGUUUUGCCACAUAUGGUAAAAACAAAAAUGAUUUCAUAAACAAAUGAAAUGAUUUCUCACGAUCGUUCUUCAUUUAUUUGAAAAUCUAGCUAAUUAUUUUAACUAACACCAAUGGAAAUAGAUAGAUUUGUCAUCGGAAAAUAGUGUGUUUACGUGGAGUUUAGUGAAUGCGUUUCAAAAUCCAGACCCCAAUUCUAGAAACUAGCUGAUACUCAGUGCAGAAGCUUCUGUCAUUAAAAGAAUUACUGAAGCCUUAUAUAUGGAGAGGGAAGGGGAGGUUGGAAAAAACACGAUGCUUCACAUAUCAUCAUUUCCUUAUGUAGGACAAUGUAGAUGUUGAAUGGAAGUUUUCAAGAGCACGGAUGUGGCUGGAGUGGAUUGACAAAGGAAGCACGAUACCAGUGCCUUUAAACCUAAUUUACUACACUCUUUUUGGGCUGUUUAAGUUUUUUGGCUGGUGUUUGAGAAUCUCUGUUAAGAAAUGCCCAUGUUUUAACCAGGUUUGAUUUUUUAAUUCUAUAUUGAUACCCUAUAUAAGCUGGACUACAUAAAUUAAAUACUCUCGGUUAUCGAUGUCCACUAACUAGAUUAAUCCACUAUUAAAAUUAUUGCGCAGGGGAAUUACUCACCUGGUAAAGGUCAAAGGAAAAUUUCGUUGACCCUACUUUACACUGAUUUUUAACCUCAAAAUGUAAUCAAAACUUCCCGUUCCUAUUCCUUGCUUUUGACAACUUCUGGCCAUCCAUCCAGCGUUUUGGGCCUGUCUGAUGGACUGUCUUAUAGCAUCGGCUUUGACCCAAAUUCCCUUCUAUCUUGGCGUCUACCCUGAUUUAGUCACGGUAUCUGCCUUUGUACGUCUUAAGGCUAAAAUCUAGCUUGAACGUUUCUUUUAGUCACUACCUGUUGUUACAACCUUUACUGGAUAAUGACUAGACUGCCAGUUACACUUUCAUUACUUAAUAAUUUGUUUUGUCUUUUGUAGGAAGAUGAGGAGGGAAAUGGGCAGGGAGAUCGAGUAAGUGCACCUAUAGAUUGCAUUGUUGUGUUCAAAACAUGAUUUGCUCCAGUUUUCGUCUCGACUAUGAAGCAGUUUAUCUAGUGAAAUAUCUCGAGCAUGUUAAGGCGUGGCUCACUUUUUGUUAUGGACCACACCUGUGAGGUUUAAACUGUUUUUCUCUAGAAACCAUACUUUUUAAUUAUAAAAUCGCUAAAAUUUAUUUGGGGAAACUUUAUUUUGAUGCGUUUACUUGACUAGGAUUGAACUGAUGAUUUCACCUGAAUCGUAGCGUUUUAUAAAUAUUCAAAAAAAAAUUGGAUGUGCCGGAGGAAUGUCAAUUAAAACUAAAACCGAACCAUGUGUAAAUGUUUGAUUUGUUUACCUUUUAAGUAUUUCCGCGGCCGGAAUGGAAAAAAAGUUAUUUUAAUUAUUAAGAAAAAAUGAAAAAUAAAAAAUGUCACGUGACCUGUUUUGCUUAAUUAUUAAUGAAAUGAAAAAAUAGUCAACCAUUCCAGCUAGAUUCAUACGAGGAACAAUAAUACAACAACUGAACUUAGUAUCUUCUGUCGGGCAUCACGCCACCGCAAACUUCCCUUUCGUAAACGGUCGCUACCAUGUUUAAGACACUUCACAAUUUUUUAUCUGUUAUCGAGAGUGGUCCUCUUAAAAAGAAAUACGAUCGCAAAUCAGAGUCGAACCGGACCCUUUCGUAUUCUAAUCUUUCUCCCUUAAGUGAAUAACAGGUGACAGGGGCGGAUCCAGGAUUUUUUUUAGGAGGGGGUGCACUCGUCUCUUGCUCUACUUCAACACCAAUAAACCACCUAGUUUUUUUUGAGGGGUGCGCACCCCCUGCACCCUCCCCCUAGAUCCGCCCCUGGGUGAGGUGGCCCUAGCCAUUUCCAUAGCUUUUGACGUAAAUUUAACUUGGGCUUCAUCGUCGCUCUUUCUAAGACUAUUGAAAAACGGAUCAUUUGCCUUAUUAUACAAGGACAGGUCAGGUGACCCAAACAUCUGGUUGCUUACGUAACACGAGAUUUAAGGCUACCGAUUUUUCCAAGGUUAGCAAAUUUUGGAAAGGUCUGGUAAAUUUUCACAAAGUUAUGGUCAUUUCUUGGUUUUUAUCUCUUUGAGCAAUAAUGCAGUAUUCUGUGCUUGGUCUAGAGUAGAAAUUUUAAGCGCUAGCAAAGGAACGUUCCUGAGAUAAAUAAACUGCAAAAGCACCUGUUUUACGUAGGUCACAGAAAGCAUGGGCGGUCAAGCAGUAAACCCGAGCGAGGUCCUUACAGGCGACUGAGGCCGGCGCAAUUCGCGCAAAAAUUUCAUCUCUGCGCUUCAUUAGCGCCUUGAAAAAACUGACGUUGAGAAAACUGGACUGUUUUCAGUCUGUGAUUGAAAGCUCUUCACAAAUCUCAGAAUCGUCUAUAGAACCAAUUAAUAGGUUGCAACUUGCUAUUCGGAUCCUUUGAAUUUUACUGCUGUGUCUUCAUGAUUGUUAUGCUUACCACCGAUUAUUAGCUUAAUUGGUUGGAUAAAAGACCUAGGUAUUGAGGGCCCGGGGGCUUUAUUCCCAACCGGACAAACACUCAGAGUCAAACUAUCUGAGGAGCACGUGCAGCAUACUCACUGUACUCUGAAAUGUACUAAAACAAGUCAUUUUUUGCUCUUAUAUUCGACUUAACUUUACGCAGAAAGAUGAGACUGCAGGCAAGAGAGCAAGCAAUGUUUGAUGCAUGCAGUUUUUCUCAUCACGAUUCCAAUACGAUUUCUAUCAUGUUUUCAUCGGCAAUUCAACCAUACGAUUAUGUUCAGUAACUCCCUUCUUCCGACAAACCAUAUGUAGCAAGUUGAAAAUCGCCCUUCCACUGGCCUAAGCUAAGUGGUAGAUAUUCAAUUAUAUUUAACAAAAUACUCACAAAUGGUGGUUAUUAGAUUUUAUUACAGCUAAUCGUUAGAAAUUGGAAAUAGCAGCUAUAUAAUUGAUUUAAACUAUGAGGAAUUAACAGGGUGACCGACUGCUAAUUCAUAUAAUUUUUAGGCACACCAUAUACAGAAACGAAAGGAGACAAUGAAAGAUUUGAUCGUGAAAUACCUGAAAAAACACUAUUUGGAAGACAACGAAGAAGAAAGAGCUGACAGG